AUGGCCCACUCUCCCAGCGACUGGUCCACUGACGCAAACGAGGCUUUCCGCCUCUCCCUCGUCCGUGCACAGGAUGACCGCGCGAGCCUCACCGCCAGAGAGGCCUACGAGGGCUUCCACCCGACGUUUACUUAUCCAUUAUUCGGCGAGGAGGAAAAGCUGUACGGCUACCGCGACCCCAAGAUCGACCUCAAAUUCGCGUCCGGCUCCCUCGAGCAGUACUUCCACCUCUCUUACACAGCCAAGCUCCCCUCCUCGAGCGCCGUCGACGACAUAGAGGGCACCGUCGCCAAGUUCAUCCCCGCAGGGUAUUACACCGACGAGGACGAGUUCAAGAAGCGCGUCGAAGCAGACGCUACCGCCUUCUCCCCGCUCGGCACGCGCAUCUUGACCUACACGCGCCCGGCCAGCACCCUCAGCCGCAAGGGCAAGCAUAUCGUUAUCCCCCAAGUCUUGUCCCCGGAGGACGAAGAGACGGUCGAUUUCGAGGUAUAUCAUUGCACAUGGCAGACCCCGGGGUUCCGCGAGUACCACCGGCGGAUGCAGCUCUUCAUCCUGCUCUACAUCGAGGGCGGUUCGUUAAUCAGCGAGGAGGAGGAACUUUGGGAGUUUGUCGUGCUGUUCGAGAAGCGGAAGCGCCGCCAUGCGCCGGAGAUCGCUACGUACCAUUUUGUGGGGUACUCGACGCUGUACCCGUUUUAUUGUUUUCCGGAGCGGGUGCGCAUGCGCCUUAGCCAAUUCGUGAUCCUGCCGCCAUACCAGCAAGAGGGACAUGGCUCCGCGCUCUACAUGGCGAUAUACCAAUACGUGCUCGCGACGCCGUCGAUCGCGGAGUUGACGGUGGAGGAUCCCGCGGAGGCGUUCGAGGACCUGCGGGACCGGAACGACCUGAAGAUGCUGCUCGCGGACGAGCGCUUCAUGCGGGAGGCGCUCGGCGAGGGCGCGGCGAGCAACGGGGGCGGCGGCGGCGGGCGUGUUGGCAGGAGACGGGGCGCGGGCGUGCCCGUGGGGCUUAGGGCGGCGAAGAAGGGUCGCUUGGGCCCACCUGCGGACAAGGCGUGGGUGGAGAAGAGGCGGACCGAGCUAAAGAUCGCGUCGCGCCAGUUUUAUCGGCUCAUCGAGAUGCUGAUGUUGAAGCACCUGGACCCGUCUGAUCAGCGUGCCGCGCGCGCGUACAGGCUGCAGGUGAAGGAAAGGUUGUACCGCUUCAAUUACGACUCGCUCGUGCAGCUCGACAAGAAGGAGCGGCAGCUCAAGCUGGAGGAGACGUUUCAGAGCGUGCGCGCGGACUACGUGCGUAUCCUCGCGCUCGUGCCCAAGUAG